UACCACGUGAACAGCCUACGACGGAGGUUCGCGACGUGGACUAGGGAUCCACGAUGGCACAGUCAGCUGCCUAAGGUCCGGUUGGCCAGUCGCAGCCAGGAAAGUUCUUCUCAAGGUAGACGCGUGUAGCAGCCAGGUACAACGAUGGCGGACGAUGAGGAAAAGAAGAGGAAACAGGCGGAGACCGACAGAAAGAGGGCGGAGGUCCGCGCCCGCCUCGAAGAGGCUUCCAAAGCCAAGAAGGCGAAGAAGGGUUUCAUGACCCCUGACAGGAAGAAGAAGCUUAGGUUGUUGCUGCGUAAGAAAGCCGCCGAGGAAUUGAAGAAAGAACAAGAGAGAAAAGCCGCGGAAAGGAGGCGCAUCAUCGAGGAACGCUGCGGAAAGCCCAAGGACACCGACAACGCGAGCGAAGCCGAGCUCCAGACGAUCUGUUCGGCAUAUUGGAACAGACUAUACUCGCUCGAGGGCGAUAAGUUUGACCUCGAGAGGCAAAUUAGGUUGAGAGAAUUCGAGAUCGCGGACUUGAACAGCCAAGUGAACGACCUCCGAGGUAAAUUCAUGAAACCCACGCUGAAGAAGGUCUCGAAGUACGAGAACAAGUUCGCCAAGCUCCAGAAGAAGGCUGCCGAGUUCAACUUCCGUAACCAGCUUAAACAGGUUAAGAAGAAGGAAUUCACCCUCGAGGAGGAAGAUAAGGAGCCCAAGAAGUCCGAGAAGGCAGAGUGGCAGACGAAGAAGUAGAUUUUAAAAAGCCAAAAGAUAAAACGAAAACAACCAUAAAAAAAAAAAAGAGAUUGAAUGAAACCGAUACACAAACGCACGCGUACACAGACAACAUGUAAUAACAAUGUAACGUUGAAAGAGCUUUAGUAUCCACACACGCAUAAAGUAUAAAGUAACGUCCGCGUGCACGCGUUUUUAUUUCGAACCGUGCGUAAACAGCCCAGAAUCGAAAAGAGAAGCGCGAAUGUCAGGAAGCCACGACCAAUACACACUCUGGAGAAAUGUUUUCCUUCGUUGUCACAUCCGACGAUUACCGCACGUUUAUCAACGUGAUCUGUUUCGCCAUUAUUUCCCACCCUCGAACCGUUCGCAAAAAAUUCGUUCGUUUUACUGUACAGCAUGGAUCGUGCCGCGAGCAAAUAGUAGAUUGCACGUACGAUAGUCAGGUUAUAAUUCGGGUCUCUUCCUCGACUCGUCGAUGAUCGGAUCGCGAGUUACGAAACGAGAGAAAUAACAAGAAAGGGAAUAUCUGUGUUUCAAUAAACGAUCGAAAAAAGUGCAUGCCAAUGGAGCCACAUGUUUUCGUCGAAUAUCAUUUCUCGCAUUUCCAACCCUUUUUCAACGACACGACGAUUUUUACAUUCGCGGGUGAAUUUUUUUUAUUCGACAGAACAAUGUUUUGGUUUUCGAUUUCCGUUUUGUAUAUACAAAAAUGGAGGGAAUUCACUUAUCGUUGCCAAACGAACGAUACUGGAAACUAAUUGAACGAACAUGUGCGCAGCGUAAAUUGUUAGUUUCCGACAGUUUUCGGUUUUAGAAAUUCCGUUGUUUUGAAAACUGUAUGAAAGGGAUUGGAUGUACAUUUUUUUUCCAAAAAUUUAUUUUGCAUACAUUUUGCAACCAUACUCGACUGCGAUUCCAUAUGGCGUUCGAUAACGCGAGAGGUCGUGUGUUAUCGAGAACCGAUCCGCUCUGCUCCACUAAUUUUUUCUCCGCGCUUUGAAUUCUUUUCUUUCUAUCCACGUUUCAAUCUUCCGUGGCGAUACCAUUCGAGAGUCAUCGUCGAUGAUCGCGUCUACGCUGUAAUUUGCUUUUUAACUCGCGUCUCGCUGUCGUUUUCUUCUUUACCUAUCUCUCUCUCUCUCUCUCUUUCUCUCUCUAUUAUAACUCGGUAAUCUGCGCGACAAGCACGCAAUACUCGGUAAAAGUAACUAUUAAAAGAGAAAAAAUAUAUACAUAUAAGAGAAGCGAUAAAAGGUGAGAAUGGCUUACAAAGUAUAUUUAAGAACUCACAGACUUUUCUUCCUCAUUUCGUACGUAAUAGCAGAAGCGCUUUACUCACAAGUGCCUUUUCACUCUUCUCUAUCUCUGUUUCUAUCACUUACUCUAAUUAUUCAUUUAUUUACUGUGUCUGCACUCAUUUUCGUUUAUCUUUUGCGUCUCUUUUUACGCGUUGAUCGCGCGCAGGCUCCCCCACGCAAAACACCGCAGUUAGGGAUAUGAUUGUCGUGUGCUGCGCAAGUUUAAGAAAGGUUCAAAGGGGCACAUUCAAACGAAGGCUGAUCACUUUCACUUAAAAUCUCUUUCCAAGACGCAAUAAAGCUCUCUUGCAGCUUGCCUUUACCGCCAUCGUUCGGCUGCCAUGCUUCCAGGCUGUACAUGUGUAGGAUUGUUGUCCCGUCUGAAUUUUUGUUUAAUCGCGACCGCGCAUCGAGCCUCAUGAUUGUUUUCUUUUAUGGAUUAUUUCUUUUUUUAUUAUUAAAAUUCUGAGGAUGGUGUCGACUUUGGAAACAGGAAAUCUUUAGCGAUUACUGGGACUUUCGAAGUUGAUGUAUGUUGUGCUUGAUACUAACUGAGACUUCCAGGUGUAAACUGUAUACCUUUGAGUAAGAUACACCUGGAACCCUCAAUUAGUAGCAUGAGGAUUUAUGGAAGCCUCAGUUGGUAGCAUGAGGAUUUAUGGAAGCCUCAGUUAGUAGUAUGAGGGUCCAUAGGAGCCUUAGUCAGUAUCGUGAGGAUUUAUGGAAGCCUCAGUUACUAGCAUGAGGAUCUAUAGAAACCUCAGUUAGUAGCAUGAGGAUCUAUGGAAUCCUCAAAUAUCUCACGACAUAUUUCAAUUCGAAAACAAGCACAUCACACCGUUGGAAUAUUCGACUAAAAUACAUUUAAUACGAAAUAUCAAUUUCUGUAGAGUAUUUGAAAAGAACUAGUCGAUGCGCGGUUCGAUCCUGCCACUACCGUCGAUCGUGAGUCAUGCCGGCGGCGAUCGAGGUUUCCACGAUCGAUAGCAGCACGCGAGUCGCGUGUAACGGAGACUUUGAUCGUCCAUGAAUCGCGAGCGACGCGUUGUUAAUCGUUAAGUUAUUAAUUAGUACGUAUGCUCUAAUAAUUGUCCACGUCUUAUCUGUUGACUAAUGAUGUUGCUCUUGCAUUAUGUUCGCAGAACGCGUCAAAAGAUAAG